UUUGAAGUUUCGAGUAAAACCUUUUCUUACUCCUCCUUCCCUCUCAUAUUCAAGGUCUGGUUCGGCCACGAAACAAAAACUGAACCCCCUUUCAACUAGAACCCAACACUCUUUAACCGGCGGCGGGGUUUUAGAAAUCAAAUCCCAAACCCUAAUCAAUCCCAAAUCCAGAAAUUUUUCUUCAAGUUUUCAUGUCCCCUCAUUAAUCGACCCGAAGAUCGAUAAACUAAGACCCCCAAGCCAAAAUGGGUCGACCCGAGCCUUGCGUUCUGUUUUCUCAGACUUUCGUCCACACUCACUUGGACGAAUACGUCGACGAGGUGUUGUUUGCUGAACCAGUUGUUAUAACUGCGUGUGAGUUCCUAGAACAGAAUGCGUCCUCGGCUUCUCAAGCUGUAUCGCUUGUUGGGGCCACUUCACCCCCUUCAUUUGCUUUGGAGGUGUUUGUUCAGAGUGAGGGAGAGACAAGAUUUAGGCGCCUCUGUCAGCCUUUUUUAUAUUCCCAUUCUUCAUCAAAUGUGCUCGAAGUUGAGGCAGUUGUAACCAAUCAUCUGGUUGUAAGAGGUAGCUACCGGAGUUUAAGCUUGGUCAUAUAUGGAAAUACAGCAGAGGAUUUGGGGCAGUUCAACAUUGAAUUUGAUGAUAACUCUCUAACCAAUCUUGUUAGCUCUGCUGACGGAAAGCUUGAAGACCUACCUCUUCCAUUACGCUCAUUUAAUCGGACAUUUGAGGAAUCUUUAUCCUCAUUAAAUGUUCUAUCUUUACCAGCAGUCACACCGGACUUAUCAGUAGAGGUUAAGCAAUUACUACAGCUAAUGUUGAAAAUUUUGGACUUGCCAAACCUUGGUUAUGCGGUGCAUAAAAUUCUUCGUGCUGUUGCAUCAGCCGCUGCCUUACUUAUAACCUUUGACUUAGAUUCUAAUGCAAUUGAUCAAAAGCAUCUUACAUCAGGAAGAAAAAAAGAUUUUAAGGAAUUGGACCAUGGUACAAGUGAGGCCAGAAAGGAGCUACUUGAUCUCUUUGGGGCUCUUCAAUGUAAAUCCAUGAAUGAAUCCUCUGAAUCAUCGACAGAAUGUAUCUUUAUAGAGCCUGAUGCUGAUUUUGCUUCUUCCAAACAGUUGGUGGAAAUGUUAUCACCAUUCUUCCAUUUCAAUAAAAGCUCCUCUAGUUUUGGGCAUCCCCAACUCUCAGAGAGUGAAAAUGUCAUCUUGGGGUUGAACGUGGCUCUUUUCUUGUGCUCUAGUAAGGAGAGCUGCUUUCACUUUGUCAACUGUGGGGGAAUGGAUCAGCUUGCAUAUCUUUUUGAUCACCAGACGCAGAAAUCUACUGCCAUUACAUUGUUGCUACUUGGAGUUAUUGAGCAAGCUACUCGACAUUCCGUCGGAUGUGAAGGAUUUCUUGGGUGGUGGCCUCGUGAGGAUGAUAAUAUCCCUUCUGGCAUUAGUGAUGGUUACAGUCACUUGUUAAAGUUGUUACUACAAGAACCACGACAUGAUGUUGCGUCUCUAGCAACUUGUAUCCUUCAUCGACUUAGGUUCUAUGAAGUUAUUUCAAGAUAUGAGUGUGAAAUCUUAUCGAUACUUGGUGGCCUUUCUGCUACUGCUAAAGGGACAAGUGUUCCAUCAAAUAAGCUCAGAGGUGUUGGAUCACUACUUAAAAAACUUCUGCAUUUGGUAAUUUCACAUGGCCCAGUUGAAGAUCCAUCUCCAGUGGCCCAUGCAACCAGACAUUUUAUUCUUGGUCAAGCUGACGGAUUAGUAUCAUAUAAAGUAACCAGUGGGUUGAUUGCUUCAUCAAAUUGUUGCUUUUUCGAUUGGGAAAUUGACUUGCAUUUGCUUGCUCUUCUUAAGGAUAGAGGAUUUCUUCCUUUAUCAGCUGCACUGCUGUCAACAACUAUUUUGCAUUCUGAAGAUGAAGAUGUUCUCGACAUUUCUUUAGAGAUUGUGUCAUCCAUGGGAUCCUUAAUUCUCUCUCUUUUGUUUUGUCACUCAGGGUUGGUUUUCCUCCUACAUCAGCCUGAUCUUACUGCUACACUAAUUCAUGCUCUGAAGGGUGUUGAUACUAUGAAUAAGGAAGAUUGUGUUCCUCUUCGGUAUGCAUCUGUUUUAAUAUCUAAAGGAUUUACAUGCAGUCCGCAAGAAGUUGGAAUUAUUGUUGAGACACAUUUGAGGGUGGUUAAUGCCAUAGAUCGUUUGCUUUCUGCAAGUCCGCAGUCUGAGGAAUUUUUAUGGGUAUUGUGGGAGCUGUGUGGUCUCGCUAGGUCCAAUUGUGGACGUGAAGCUUUAUUGGCCCUGAGUUUCUUUCCUGAGCUGUUUUCAGUUCUGAUUGAAGCUUUGCAUUCAGUCAAGGAAUCAGAACCUGCCAUCAAGAAUAGUGGCGCUUCACCUCUUAAUCUUGCGAUUUUACACUCAGCUGCUGAGAUUGUUGAGGUCAUUGUUACUGAUUCAACUGCAACAUCUAUGUCCUUUUGGAUUGGACAUGCCAUGGAACUUCAUAAAGCUUUACAUUCUUCUUCCCCUGGGUCCAAUAGGAAAGAUGCUCCUACUCGGCUGUUGGAGUGGAUUGAUGCUGGUUUAGUUUACCACAAAAAUGGAGCUAUUGGUCUUCUAAGAUAUGCUGCCGUGUUGGCUUCUGGAGGAGACGCUCACCUUACCUCAACCAACAUUCUAGUCUCUGAUUUAACAGAUGUUGUUGAUAAUAUUGUUGGAGAAUCAUCUAAUGCUUCCGACAUUAAUGUCAUGGAGAAUCUUGGAAGCAUUAUCUCUGUGAAGUCCUUUGAUGGUGUUAACCUCCGCGACUCUUCUAUAGCCCAGCUGACAACUGCAUUUCGAAUUUUGGCAUUCAUUUCAGAGAAUCCAACUGUUGCUGCUGCCUUGUAUGAUGAAGGUGUCAUUACGAUUAUUUAUGUGGUUCUUGUCAAUUGUAGCUACAUGCUUGAGAGGUCGUCAAACAGUUAUGUUUAUCUUGUUGAUGAGGGCACCGAAUGCAAUUCUACAUCUGAUUUAUUACUGGAACGCAACCGUGAACAGAGUUUAGUUGAUCUUUUGAUUCCUUCGCUUGUAUUGCUGAUCACACUUUUGCAGAGAUUACAGGAAGCUAAAGAACAACACAAGAAUACAAAACUGAUGAAUGCAUUGUUACGAUUGCAUCGAGAAGUAAGUCCAAAGCUUGCAGCUUGUGCAGCUGAUUUGUCCUCUCCCUAUCCUGCUUCUGCACUUGGUUUUGAAGCGGUCUGCCAUCUUGCUGUGUCAGCUCUUGCUUAUUGGCCUGUAUAUGGUUGGAGUCCUGGCCUCUUCAAUACAAUUCUUGCCAGUGUUCAAACUACUUCGUCACUGGCCUUGGGUCCGAAAGAGAUCUGCAGUUUACUUUGUCUUUUGAAUGAUUUAUUUCCUGAAGAAAGUGUCUGGUGUUGGAAGAAUGGGAUGCCGUUGUUGAGUGCCCUUAGGUCAUUGGCUAUAGGGACUCUAUUGGGACCUCAUAAGGAGAGACAGGUUGAUUGGUAUCUAGAGUGUGGUCACCUUGAGAAGUUGUUCAACCAAUUGACACCACAGCUUGACAAAAUUGCCCAGAUUAUCCAACAUUACGCCAUAACUGCAUUGGUAGUCAUACAAGACAUGCUUCGAGUUUUUAUAAUUCGCAUUGCUUGCCAAAAGGCUGAACAGGCUUCUAAACUUCUGCGGCCUAUAUUAUCAUGGAUACAUGAUCACACUUCUGACUUAUCUUCUUUAUCAGACAUGGAUGCUUUUAAGGUUUAUAGAUUCCUUGAUUUUCUCUCCGGCUUACUGGAACAUCCGUAUGCCAAGGUGCUGUUGCUUGGUGAGGGUUUUCCUCAAAUACUAACAAGAGUUCUGGAGAGUUGUUUUGAUGUUACUGAUUCAGAUCAGAGGCAGGUUUCAGAUUGUAGAGAUUCUACUAAAUAUGGGUUUGCUUUGAUUAGUUUGUGCAUCCCUGUUUUUCAGUCUAUCUCACUACUAUUAGUUCUCAAACAUUUCCACAGUAUGAUGAGAGACAUGAUAUGUGAGCACAAAUUUGGAAGUUUGAGCUCCAAAGAUUGUUCGGUAUUUAUUAAUCUACUAUUGAAGUUUUGCAAGGUCCUACCAGUCGGAAGAGAAUUAGUGUCUUGCCUUACAGCUUUUAAAGACAUGGGUUCUUGCUCUGAAGGGCGCAGUGCAUUGCUGUCUGCUUUGCUAUAUAGCAGCAGUUCUACUCACGAGGAACUUGAAUCAGAGAGAGGAAAUGAAAAGAAUGUAAAUUUUCAUUUUCUUAAUGAAUCUGAAUGGAGAAAGUCUCCCCCCUUGCUAUGUUGCUGGAUAAAGUUAUUAAGAUCGAUUGAUUCAAAAGAUUAUUUAUCACCUUAUACACUUGAAGCUGCUGAUGCGUUGUCUUUAGGUACUUUGGGCUUUAGCAUGAGUGGGAAUAGUUUGAACAUGAAUGCUGUUGUAGCAUUGAAAUUCCUUUUUGGGCUUCCUGAUGAUAUGGCCGAGGUAGGUGGCUUUCCUGAAGACAACAUAAAAUAUAUCCAGGAAUUUUCUUCUCUGUUAAGCUCAAGAAUUGCUAAUGAUGAUGAAUAUCAAACUUCAUCCGAUAUGCAUAUCACCAUGUGUCAGGUUUUGGAAUCUGUGAAAUCAUUGUUGUUAUUGUUCCAAAAUUCAACUGCUACUGUUAAAGUGGAUGGUACCAGCCUCUAUGAAAGUAUUUCUUUUCCUCAAAACAAUGUUCAAGUCCUUUUAGGAAUUCAUCACUUUGGACUAGGACUCAACGAAAAGGCUGAUGACAGCCUUUACUUGGGAGGAUUUGAAGAUAAGUUUUCAUGGGAAUUGCCUGAAACAUUACCUGGAAGAUUGUUGCAGACAGCUCUUCCUACAAGAAGGAAACUGCAACCAGCUGACAGCUCAAAUAGGAGUGGGAGAGGAGACAACUCAGUGGCUGAGAUAACAAAUCCAGCUGCUUUUCAACGGGGACUGGGUCCAACUACAGCCUCUUCUGGUCCUACUCGAAGGGAUAGCUUUCGACAGAGGAAACCUAAUACUAGCAGGCCUCCAUCUAUGCAUGUGGAUGAUUAUGUUGCGAGAGAAAGGAGCGUUGAUGGUGUUGCUAAUUCUAAUGUAAUAGCUGUUCAGCGAGUAGGAUCUUCUGGAGGGAGACCACCUUCUAUUCAUGUGGAUGAAUUUAUGGCUAGACAGAGGGAGCGUCAAAAUCCUGUUGCAUCAGGGGCAGAGACCGCAGCACAAUCUAAGAAUUCAGCUCCUAUAAAUGGCCCAGAUAAUGAAAAAGUAAACAAGUCUAAGCAGCUGAAAUCUGAUCUGGAUGACGAUCUUCAAGGAAUUGAUAUAGUGUUUGAUGGUGAGGAAUCUGAAACUGAUGAUAAAUUACCCUUUCCCCAGCCAGAUGAUAAUCUGCAGCAGCCUGCUCCUGUAAUCUUUAAGCAAAGUUCACCACAGUCUGUUGUUGAAGAGACUGAAAGUGAUGUUAAUGGAAAUAGUCAAUUUUCUCACUUGGGUGCACCUUUAGCAUCUAAUGCCGAUGAGAAUGCCCAGAGUGAGUUUUCUUCAAGGAUGUCAGUUUCACGCGCUGAAAUGUUUUUAACUCGAGAACCUAGUGUUUCUUCAGAUAAGAAAUAUUUUGAGCAAUCUGAUGAGUCGAAGAAUGCUGGUUCAUUUAAGAACUCUAGCGGGUUUGAUUCUGCAGCUGGGGCAAAUAGUUCAGGCUUCUCUGCCCCAGUUUAUAGUAAUGCACCUGCAAUAUCAGUGCAGUUGCCUGCAGAUUCAAGGAUAUCUCCACAAAAUUUCUAUCCGAAGAGCAAUGCACAGUAUGGUAGUAAUAUUUCUGUGGCUUCUGGAUCUCGAGGAUUAUAUGAGCAGAAAGUUCUGCCAAAUCUACCACCUUUACCUCAAAUUCCGCCUCCACCAACAAUUUUGCCAGUUCAAUCCGAUUAUUUGUCUUCAGUUAGUGUCACUCCUCUGAUGCAAUCUUCUCUUCCCAUGUCAGAUUCUAAGUUUAUGAGAACCUCUAUGCCUUCACCCAGUGGAACUACUAGGCCUCCACCACUUCCUUCAACACCUCCUCCAUUUGCAUCUAGCCCAUAUAAUUUAGCUUCCUUAAAUACUUCCCAACCAGCACUCUACAACCAGUCUGGAAUGGGGAAAACUGAACUUCCUCAGGGCUCUGUUGGACCUAGCAUUGAUGCUCGACUUCCUACUUCAGCUGCUGGCUUGGCUUCUUAUCCAUCUCCACCAUUGAUGCAAUCAUUAGGUUUUAAUAGGCCUCCUUCAAUCCCUGUUACACCUUAUGUAAACUCUCCUGGAAUGCAGCAGGGUGAGAACCACCCUCCUAGCAUCUUGCAGAACCCCUCAAUACCCCAGUCAUCUAUUCAGUCAAUGCAUUCUCUUGCUCAAUUGCAGAAGCUUCAACGUCCGUUGCAGCCAACUCAACAUCUCCGGCCAUCCAUGCAUUCACCACAGCAGUUGGAGCAAGGAGUGUCUUCACAAACCCCUGUUCAGAUGCAAAUGCAGUCAUUACAGAUGCUGCAACAAGCUCAUGUUACUCCUGUUAAUCCUUAUUAUCAACCUCCACAGCCUGAGUUUUCAGCAGCACAACACCAGCUGCAAGUUGAGCUUGCGCAACAACAAGCUCCACCGCAAGCUGGUGGUAUUUCAAAUCAGCAGCAAGAUUCUGGAUUGUCCUUACAUGAGUACUUCCAGUCUCCUGAAGCCAUUGAGUCUUUGUUAAGGGAUCGAGAAAAACUUUGCCAGCUAUUGGAGCAGCACCCAAAGUUAAUGCAGAUGCUUCAGGAAAAAUUAGGUCAGCUGUAACAUGACAUGUGGCUGUAAGGAUGCUUCUUUCUGAUGCAACAUGAUUUGGAUUUGUAAUCAUUGAUCCGAGUUUACCAAUUACAAAUCUCAAGCAUCAGCUCCUGGUCGCUGUUCUUCAAAUGCAUUUGUCUGUUUAAGCCUGUUAUUUUGUCAGUUGGACCAUAUGUACAUUCUUUUCCGUUUAUGAUCACAAUUUGCAUAUUUUUUUAAUUGUUUUAC